GGCUGAGACUGGCAGGUCAGGGAGGGGUGGGGCCAGUGAGAUAGAGAGGAACCUGUUUCUGUGAUUUGGACUCGCCCCUUCAGGAAUAGAAGAGCAAAAAAAACAACACAAAGAGCAGGAUGGUUGGAUCGGACUUUUACUGCGGGGGCUGAUGAACAGGUGUGACCUUUGACCUCUCACCUUCACAGUCACCUGCCCAUCUACCUGAGGGUGGCAGGGCCUGGGGACCACAGGGCCGUCACCAUGGCAACAACCUCCUCCCUGCUCGGCAGAGGUCUGGGUCUGGUUCUGGUGAAGUUUCAGUAUGAGUACCAGGGUCAGGAUGGGGCGCUGGUCUCCAUUAAACCCAACGAGCGAUACGUCCUUCUGGCUAAAACCAACGACCACUGGUGGCAGGUCCAGAGCGACCGCAGAGCCAAGCCCUUCUAUAUCCCCGCCAAGUAUGUCAAGGAGCUGCCGCCGGACUUCCCCUCACCUCUGGACUUUGCCAAACCGCCCAGUCCUGAACCAUUGCUGCUUCCUGUGGUUGCACCGGUCCCAGUCCCCGUCCCCGUCCCAGUCCCAGUCCCCGUCCCCGUCCCUGUUCCAAAGACUCUGGAGGAGCACAAAACCAAACCAGGGGAUGAGGUGACGAUCCGACUCAGACCCGAUACUUCCAACAGAUACCGCAAGACUGAGAACCGCAUGUCCACGUUCGGUGUCCCACUGGACUUCCAUGACCUGUCGGCUGUAGUGGCACCGGCACCGCGACAUCCCAGCAACCCUGCUAUUGGUCCUGCAGAGACCAAGACCAAAGACACCAGUAAGACAAUAAACAUGGCCGACGAUGCUCUGAGCAAACAGCCCCUUUCUGAGUUCCUGGACGACCACAAGGACUCUGGGAAACAUCGAGUUCCCAGUUUCAGUCCAGCAGACCCCCUCUCCACACCCCGACCUCAGACCCAGCUCAUCCCUGUGGAGACACCAAUGGUCCCCGUGGUCUCCGUGGUCUCCGUGGUCCCCGUGGUCCCCGUGGCCCCCCCCCACUACGACCUCCACAGCACCACGUCCUCGCCAUCUCCAGGUCACCAUGACAACCAAGAGUCUCCGAUAGAGCCAGAGGAGGAGGAGGAGGAGGAGGAGGUGGGGGGGGAGAAGAGCAGCGGUGAGGAAAACUCACCGAAGGAGGAAGAUUCAAACCACAUCUACGAGUCCAUCCAGGACCUGAACCUGGACCUGGAGGCUCUGGUUGGAGGAAGAGUGAGUCCUGGAGCGCCGCCUGAAUCUGCACUUGCCCCGCGCCCCACACAGGACCACGGCUCGCUCGACCCUACCUCGCCCAUCUACGCCAACGUCUCCGGCCGGAAGAAACCGGCUCUCCCUCAGAUCACCGUCUCUGGCCCCGCCCUCCCCUUAUCACCUCCACCGGACCACGCCCCCUCCACCACAGGCCACACCCCCUCGUCUUCCGUCUCCUCCACCUCCGGGAUGAUAAGCCCCACCUCCCCCCUCAGCUCGCAGGACGGAUGGCAGGGUUCUUGUGGUUGGGAGCAGCUGGUGGACGAAGUCUCAGGGAGGUUUUACUACUACAACCCCACCUCAGGAGCCACGUCAUGGGCCGCACCAGAGCCACCGUCCCCCUCCUCACCCUCCUCACCCCCCCCAGGAACCGCAGCCAACAGGAGGCCCGACCACGGCCCGCCUCCGCUGCCAGAGGAAGAUUAUCCUGUAGACGCCGUCUUCUCACCGAAUCCUCAGCGGCCCGUGAGUCUGAUUCCCAGAGCUCAGCUGGACCUGAAAGAUGGAAACGGCUCCCAGUGGAGGCUGCAGGAGGUUCCGCCUUUGCCCCAAAGGCUGAUGGGAAAUGGAGUUUCUGAGGAGAGAACGAGUCCACAGGUCAGGAACUGGAGACACACCGUGGCCGAAGACACGUUUGCUCCGAGCCACCGGAGGAACGUGUCCGACCUCACCGAGGUGUCCAACAGGAAGCUGCCCCCCGACAGCACACAGCCCUCUGAUAGGCACAGACUGAAGAGGAAUCUGUCCAAUCGGAGCACAGGCUCCCACCAGCUGCACAGCCAUCUGCUGGAGAAAGCAGGAAUCAUGAACAAGACCAAAGUAGCUGAUAACGGCAAAAAGAUCAGGAAGAACUGGAGUCAGUCCUGGACCGUCCUCCACGGUGGGAUCCUCACCUUCCACAGAGACCCCAAAUUUACCCCGACUGGGAACGCUAGUAAAUCUUCACAGAUUGUCCCAGAAUACACCGUCGAGCUGAGAGGAGCCUCAGUGGGCUGGGCCUCCAAGGACAAGUCAUCCAAAAAGAACGUUCUGGAGCUGAGGACUCGUCACGGCUGCGAGUAUCUGAUGCAGUACGACACGGAGAGCAUCAUCAGUGAUUGGCUCAAAGUGAUGCAGGAUGCCAUCAAACAGCUGGAACACGAGCAUCCGUCAGAGGACGAGGACGAAGCCGCUUCAGACAAAGAGGACAAAGACAGGAAGAAGACAUCGAGCAGGAGUUCAUCAGGAACAGUCGACUCUGAGCAGACACGAGUUCGGACCAAACUACGACGUUUCCUCCAGCGCAGGCCGACGCUGCAGAGCGUUAAAGAGAAAGGCUACAUCAGAGAUAACGUGUUCGGCUGCCACCUGGAUACACUCUGUCACAGAGAAAACACCACCAUUCCCAAAUUUGUGGAGAAGUGUAUCAGAGCGGUGGAGAGGAGAGGUCUGGAUGUGGACGGGAUCUACAGAGUGAGCGGAAACCUGGCUGUGAUCCAGAAACUACGACACAAAGCUGAUCAUGAGGAGCAGCUGGACCUGGAGGACGGACAGUGGGAGGAGAUUCAUGUGAUCACCGGAGCUCUGAAGCUUUUCCUGCGGGAGCUUCCAGAGCCGUUGUUCCCCUUCAGCUGCUUCGACAAGUUCAUCGCUGCCAUCCAAGUCCCAGACUACAGCCUGAGAGUCUCCUACAUGAGGGACCUGGUUCGCUCUCUGCCUCUGCCAAACCACGACACCAUGGAGCUGCUGUUCAAACACCUGCGCAGGGUGAUUGAGCACAAGGAGUCUAACAGGAUGUCGGUUCAGAGCGUCGCCAUCGUGUUGGGCCCCACGUUGCUCCGCCCCCAGACCGAGUCAGCCAAUAUGACGAUCAACAUGGUCUUCCAGAGCCAAAUAGUGGAGCUCAUGCUCAACGAGUUUCAGACCGUCUUCUCUCAGAGGUAGGGGGAACCUCCUGGAGCACCUCUGGGACCUUCCAGAACCCUCUGUGGACCUCCUGGAAGCCUCCCAAACAUCACGAGACCUGCCAAAAAUCUUCCAAAGUGUCAAAGUGUUUUCAAACUUUGGGCAUAAACAUCACCUCCUCUAGAACCCAGCUUCACCAUGGAUUGAACUUGGAAUCUGCUGGCUACAAGAUGCCCAUUUCUAGCCACUGUGCCCAAAUUACCCAAAUAGAACUUGAGUGCAACCACCUAGAACCCUGGACUGGUUCUGAAACCUUUGAGAGCAGCUUUGCUAUUCUUUCAAGGCAACAGACCAAAUGAAACAUAUUUUCUUGGCACCUUAAAAAACCCAAAACAUCUCACUUUGAGCGAGAACUCUUCCAACAAAUCCCAGAUCCCUCUAGAACCAUGUAGAUCUCUGGAACCAGACAUCAUCACUUGAAUGCCUAUCGCAUCACAAAAAUUAAAUAGACAUUCAGGUUCUUGGGGGAUUAAAACUGGAACCUGCAGGCUUCACCAGGCCCCUCUCUAACCACUGUGCUUGAAAUGAUCCUGGUAGAACCCCAGUGGAACCAUCUGGAACCCAGGAGUGGUUUUGAAACCUUAAACUUGAGUUGUGUUCCAAUGCAAAUAAUUAAUUAAAAAACCCCAAAUUUCGAAUGUGAGCAAAAACUGUCCCAACAAGUUCCAGAUCUUUCCAGAACCUUGUAGAUCUCUCUGGACCCGAACUCAUCUCCUCUUCCUGUUUUUAAAAUGUAUGGUCAUUAAAGCUGUGGGCAUUAAACUUGGAAACUGCAUGACACCCUUCUCGAACCACUGUGCUCUAAAUGAUCCAAGUAGAACUUGAGUGGAACUAUCUAGAACUCUGGACUAAUUCUGAAACUUUAACCAGCAGCUUCACUGCUCUUUAAACACAACAGACCAAGCAAAACACACUUACUUGGCACCUUAAAACCUCCAAAUUUCACACUUUGAGAAAGGACUUUCCCAACAAGUUCCAGAUCCUUCCAGAACUCUGGACUCAAACAUCAUCUCCUCCUUUUUUUAAAUAAAAAUUCUGUGGAUAUUUAAAUGUAUGAGGGGUUGAACCUGGAACCUGUUGAGUACAUAAUGCUCCAGACCACCAAGCCUUAUAUAACACAGAUAGGAUACCUUUGAGUGAGAACUAUCUGCACAGGUUCCACAUCAUUUGGAACUCUGGAACCAAUCAUCUCCUCAAUUUAUAUGAAAUUCUGUGGAUAUUGAAGUUCACCAGGGGUUUAACCUGGAAUCUGUUGGCUACACGAUACUUCCGUCUCACCAUCAGACCACUAAGCCUUAAAUUACACAGGUAGAACCUGAGUGGAACCACCUAAAACCCUGGACUGGUUCUAAGCUGAGAAUUUCUUGCAUCCGGAGACAAGACAAGCUGGGAUUUUGCAACAGACCAACAAUCUUCAAACAGUGUCCUGCUUGCCUGGCACCUCAAAAACACAUAAAAUAUCUCUAGAACCUUGAAAACUCAUGACCUCCAUGACCCGCCGGUCCCUGGGGAUUCGGCCUCUGCUUUCUGUUCCUAAAGACAUGACAGUUCCAGGUGUUUUGGUAUUCAAAGAUCUCUCAGGAGCUAAAUAACAGAACUAAUCCCCAAGGAAAACAUCUCACACCAAACAGGAUUUACACACGACGUGGACACGCAUAAAGAUUUUGGGCUUACCCGUCCCGACAGCCUGGUGAAUUUUAUGUAUGUGAUGCCUUCAGCAGGGAUUUUAUGUGAUUCUAGCUUGUUUUUACAGCAAUUUUAUCAAACUCAUCCACUGUUCUUACUCUCACUCGAAAUCUGUGCCUGAGAAUACCAAAAAUAUUUACUUACAGAAAAUUGCUCAACUGAACAUGAACAUUGUUCACAUUCAGACAAGAAAACGUUUUAAGGUGCCCAAACAAACUGAAAAUCAAAACUCUCGUUGGGUUCUUCUUUUCUUUUUUUUGUCAUAUUCUUUAAUUAGUUGAUAAGUGUCUUAGAAUUGACUUACUGCAGGCAUCAAAAGACUUGAUGCUGAUUGGCUCGUUUUGCUCACUCCAUUACAUUCAAGCAGCCAAUGUUGUAAUUGAUGAACUCUGCUGAUCUGCAGGUUGUUUGUUGCUCAGUCUCACAGUGACAAUCAGACUCAGUUUCUACAUGUAGAUGAACAAUGGAUCAUCUACAAUCACACACCUGUUUCAUUCAAAAUAUCUUAAAUAAAAUAAAAAUAACUUGUUCACAGACUGGGGUCUCAGUAAGUAAGUAAGAGCUGAUGUGUUCCCAGUAUCGAUCAAUACAACAACCACCAGUCUGUGAUGCAUUCACUGACACCCUAACACAUAUUUGCACAGAAAAGUAUUUUUCUAAGUCAGUAUAUGUUGAUACCAAGUAUAUGUUUUACUGAAGUUUGAAAUGAGCAAGACCGUCUGAGUAUUAAACACUGGAUCAUCAGUCAUGCACAGUGUGGAGCCAUCGGGCCAGGUUUUGUUUUAGACUCGUCGCAGAGAAGCCCUUUGUCACAGGAUGGAGAUGAUACGAAAUCAGAAUUCAACUAAGGAAUUAUAAGAUUAGUUCCAGUCUUUGUGCUAAGCUAGGCUAAACACAUACUGGAUCUAUAUAUUUAAGACAGAGAACAGGAGGUUUAAUUAUAUCUAUUUCUUUAAAGCUAAAUAAGGUUUAAUGGGAAGUCCCUGAGGGACUCCACAAGUUAUCAAAGACAGAAAAUAAGAGGAUUUACAGAAAUGUAAGUGUUUUUUAAGGGAUUAAUUUUACAGGAACAUUUUUACUAUUGUUUGUGUCCUUGAUGAGUUCUAGAAAUGAUAGUCUGUACAAUGCUGUAUGUUUUUAUAGUAUUGAGUUUAUAUGUAUUACAGAUAUAGAACAAAGUUAACAUGAAAGAUUAACAGAUUAAACUCUGUACAUAAGAGGGUAUUUUACUGACCUUUAAUAAAAAUGAAAAUGAUCUGUAUGUCAGUGUUCAGGUGUGUUUUGUCAAAUAUUAUAUGGAAACUGAGAGCAGCUAGUCACCUAGCAUCCUACUGAUUUCCUAUCUACUUCUGUCUUGACUUGGCAAGAAACUGAAACUCAAACACUUUUAUAAAUCCAGUUUAUUUCUAGAUGAAUUCACAACUGUGAGUCUCUACCACAGCUGAUGCUCCAUUAGUUAGAAAUGUAAUAAGAUAACAGCACCGUGCCCAAAUAUGAAGCAUGAGAAUAAGUCCAAAGAGAUAGUGGUGGGUUCAAAGUCUCAAGAAAAAAACGCUGGUGCUGUUCAAGAAAAGGGUUGAAAUCUUCAAAUAAACUGUUAACUGAAUGUAAGAAAAGUAAAACUGAGGUGUUUUCUUUGUUUGGUCAAAAAGUGUUUAUUUUUUAAUCGUCUCAUGAACAAGUCAUGUGACCGAAGGUUUUUAUUGUAACUCCCACAUUGCUCCUUACAGACUGUAUGCAGAGAGCCUGAACUUGUUGAGCCCUGCUAAGAUCUGAUGCAGCUAUUUAAGUUCAAAUAUAUCAAUAAAAUGUUUUAUUUGUUUGA